AUGCUCAACAUGUCCCGGAACAUGUUUUUGUAUUCGGUGCUGCUCCUUCUCUGCGUGCUGUUGGUGUGCUUUGGCAGUAUGGCUGUGUACGGUGAGGAGGGAACUAAACCAAAGGAAAUGCAAAUGCCACAGGCUAUUGAUCUUUUUGUGCCUAAUCAAACAAUUGUGGAAGCACAAGGUGAAAGACAAACGAGGGAAUCUUUUCUUUUCCCUUCCCUCGCCAGUGCUGGCGGAGUGUUAGUUACGCUUGCCGAGGGUCACAAAUUGUUACACUCCCCUCAGAAACAAACUUGGGUCACUUACGCUGAUGUUGUGGCGGGGUACGUUGACUCUGCGGAGAACUGGUCGUCUUUUGUCGCUGAGGUUCGUGCAAACAAAUCGAAGGCGUACAACAUCUUUCACACGACCACGCAAGAGGAGCAUAACGACUAUCUGAGAUAUGCGGUCCGACCCACAACAAUUGCAAAGGGCAACAAGGUUUUUCUAUUUGUGGGGGGUCAUCAUCAGAGAUAUGAUCCUUCAUCGAAGAACUGGAUUAAAGUCUCACAGGGUCUUGAUUUGCUCGUGGGUGAGGCCACGCAAGAUAAAGUCAUCCAAUGGGGCGAACCCAUCUUGCUUUUAUCACGGAUCAAACCAUCUGCUGAUCACAAUGGCCUGGACCAGUUUGUUGGUGGUGGUGGAUCAGGCGUUGUGAUGGAGGAUGGCACGCUUGUGUCUCCUUUAACGGUGAAGAGGACUGGAGAAAACGACAUUGUCUCCAUGAUCAUUUAUUCGAAGGACGACGGCAACAGUUGGACACUUCCACAGGGGAUGCUCCCUGGAGGGUGCACUGACCCCCUCAUCGUCGAGUGGGAGCGGGGGCAGCUUGUCAUGAUUGCCAAAUGCAAUUCGCUCUCCAAUGUGUUCGAGUCGAGGGACAUGGGGGCAACGUGGACAGAGACUGUCAGGACACUCACACGCGUGCAGCCCAUGUUGUUACCAGACUCUUCGCGAACAGUUGAGAGAGUGGGGUCCCUCACCACUGCGACCAUUGCUGGAAAGAAGGUCAUGCUGUGCACUCAGAAAGGGAUUCUCCCUGGGGAGAUGGUGGAAGCCACCGCGCUCUACCUUUGGGUCACUGACAGCAACCGCACGUUUCACGUCGGGCCCAUUUCCAUGGACACUGCAGAGAAGUGGACGUCUAACAACACCCUGCUCUAUUCGAAAGAUGCGUUGCACCUUUUACAAGAGAGGGUCAGUACAACGACCAAGGGCGUGUCUCUUGCUCCCCUAACGGAGCAGCUGAAGACGAUCACGUCCGUCUUGGAGACUUGGGCAAAAAUGGACUCCUUCCUCUCCAACUCGUCUGUGCCCACGGCCGGUCUGGUUGGGUUCUUGUCGGAUGCAUCGGGUGAUGGAAGUUGGAACGACGCGUACCGUUGCUUGAAUGCAACUGUGAGGAAUGCAACGAAGGUCGAAAAUGGCUUUAAGUUCACAGGGUCAAAAUCAUACGCCAUGUGGCCGGUGAACAUGUGGAAGUAUCGCAGUGUGCACAGCUUUGUGAAUUACGCGUUCACGCUUGUGGCGACAGUGAAGAUUCAUAAGGUUCCGAACGAGAGCAUUCCUCUGCUGGGCGCCGACCUGGGCAGAAAGCAAAGCACGACGUUUCUGGGGCUCUCGUACACCACAGAGAAACGGUGGAGGACGGUCUUCAACGGUAUCACGAGAAUAAGACACAACAGCACUUGGGAGCCGGGGAAGGAGUACAAAGUGGCGCUCAUGCUGCAGGACAACAAGGGCUCCGUGUACGUCAACGGCGUGCGUGUGGGGAAUACUAACAAACUACCAACCCUUGAGGCACGGAGGCACGAUAUCUCUCACUUUUACUUUGGAGGCGGCAAGAACAGCAGUGUGACAGUAAAGAACGUCUUUUUGUACAACCGCCCACUGAAUGCCAUGAAACUCAAAGCAGUUGGCCAGUCUGAUGUAUCUUGGAAAAGUGCAGGUGACAGCUCCGAUGCAUCUGAGCAACGUCCAGGUAACAGCUCCAGUGCAUCUGAGCAACGUCCAGGUAACAGCUCCAGUGCAUUUGAGCAACGUCCAGGUAACAGCUCCAGUGCAUUCGAGGAACGUCCAGGUAACAGCUCCAGUGCAUUUGAGGAACGUCCAGAUAACAGCUCCAGUGCGUUUGAGCAAUGUGCAGGUAACAGCUCCAGUGGCUCUGAGGAACGUGCAGGUGACAGCGCGACGCUUGCAGAUGUGUCUUGGCUGCUCCUGCUGCCAUUGGGGCUAUGGGGCUUUGCGGUCCUGUGCUGA